AUGCCAUAUGUGGCUUAUGAAGUAGCCGAUAUCUUGUGGGACAGUGUCAUGUUUGUGGAUCUCAAUAGCUUCUCUGAUACGACGGGUGUACCAGUGUUUCUCUGGGGCUAUGAUUUCCGCUUGUUCCCAAUCAACAACAUGAUCCAGAUCAGCAGAGUGUUUGACAAUUGCCGAUUUGUCAAGUUCCCCUCUGCGGCCAUGAGCUAUGUGUUCUUUAAGCCUGGUAGUGAGGUCUCUGCCAGUCUCGCCAAUGAUGAGCAUUCUUACUGCAAAGCUCCUAAAGAAACACAAUCAGCUGACUCUUCAUUUGAAUCAACUGGCAUUGCUGGCCAAUUACCCAGUAAAAAGCAAAGCAAGCUGCUCAAGAAGGAACGCCAACGAACAUGCAGGCUAAGGAAAGGCCAAGUCCUGCAUCCACUCCCGGCCAAGUCCUUCAUCUACUCCUGGCUAAGUCCUGCAUCCACUCCCGGCCAAGUCCUCCAUCCACUCCCAGCCAAGUCAUCCAUCCACUCCCAGCCAAGUCCUGCAUCCACUCCCGGCCAAGUCCUGCAUCCACUCCCGGCCAAGUCAUCCAUCCACUCCCGGCCAAGUCCUCCAUCCACUCCCGGCCAAGUCAUCCAUCCACUCCCGGCCAAGUCCUCCAUCCACUCCCAGCCAAGUCCUGCAUCCACUCCCGGCCAAGUCAUCCAUCUACUCCCGGCCAAGUCCUCCAUCCACUCCCGGCCAAGUCAUCCAUCCACUCCCAGUCAAGUCCUGCAUCCACUCCCGGCCAAGUCAUCCAUCCACUCCCGGCCAAGUCCUCCAUCCACCACUGGUCAAGUCCUCCAUCCAAUCCUGGCUUUUAAUUCUGCAUCUUUGACUGCCGUUAGCUAUUCAUCUUUACCUGUGGUUAAUUUCUGCCUCAUCCCAGUCCUGGUUGUUAGCUUUGCACCUCAUCCUGAAUCCCUCCAGCUGAUGUUGUCCAUCCCAUCCAGGAUGUCAGUUCUGCAUCCCAUGCUACCCACUGGUUCAACAUUGGAUCCCGGACUUCAAGAUGCCUCCUACAUGUAG